UGCGGAUGGAGCGGCGAUUCGACCGCGGAAUAUCAGUCGUGCACUCCACAAUCUCGCGGGAUCACCCUCACUCGCAGCAUCCGCAGACACGUGGAUACGCCGUUGUCAAAGAGAAUCAUCUGGUUAAGUGUCAAAUCGUUCGCGCGGUACUUCUAAACGCAAAAAGUAUUAUAGUCAUGGAUCCCGAGAACUUUAAGGAUUACGCUAAGGAUAUGGCGGAAUACAUCACAAACUAUUUGGAGAAUAUUAGAGAAAGGAGAGUCCUGCCUACAGUGGAGCCGGGAUAUAUAAAACCUUUGCUACCUUCCGAAGCACCGCAAACCCCUGAGCCAUGGAAAGAUAUCAUGACCGAUAUUGAAAGAGUGAUAAUGCCAGGUGUUACUCAUUGGCAUAGUCCAAAAUUUCAUGCGUACUUUCCCACUGCGCAAUCGUAUCCUGCGAUUCUGGCAGACAUGUUAAGCGGAGCUAUUGCAUGUAUUGGAUUCACGUGGAUUGCGAGUCCAGCUUGUACUGAGUUAGAAGUAGUUAUGUUAGACUGGUUAGGAAAAAUGUUGGACUUGCCGAAAGAAUUCCUUGCCUGCAGCGGUGGAAAAGGCGGUGGCGUUAUUCAGGGGACUGCUAGCGAAGCUACUCUGGUAGCUUUACUGGGAGCGAAAGCCAUGAAAAUAAAACAAGUUAAAGAGCAGCAUCCCGAUUGGCCGGAAAGCGAGAUCAUCAGCAGACUAGUCGCAUAUUGUUCCUGUCAAGCACAUAGCUCGGUUGAACGAGCUGGACUUCUCGGUGGAGUAAAAUUCAGGCAAUUGGAAGUCGAUGAGAAAUGCAAACUGCGGGGCGACACGUUGACCGAAGCAAUCCGAAAGGAUAAAGAGCAAGGAUUUAUACCGUUUUAUGCCGUCGCUACUUUAGGCACGACUACUUCCUGCGCCUUUGAUCGCCUUGAUGAAAUGGGCGUCGUCUCGAAUCGUGAAGGUAUUUGGCUACACGUGGAUGCUGCUUAUGCAGGAUCUUCUUUCAUUUGUCCGGAAUUUCGAUACUUAAUGAAAGGCAUCGAAUUGGCGGAUUCGUUCAAUUUCAAUCCACACAAGUGGAUGCUAGUUAAUUUCGAUUGCUCUGCCAUGUGGCUUAAGGAUCCGACGUAUGUCGUAAACGCUUUCAACGUCGAUCCUUUGUACCUGAAGCACGAUAUGCAGGGUAGUGUGCCGGAUUACAGACACUGGCAAAUUCCACUCGGACGCAGAUUCCGGUCUUUGAAACUGUGGUUCGUACUGAGACUUUACGGCGUUGAGAAUCUUCAGAAGCACAUUAGAAAGCACGUUGCUCAAGCACACGAGUUCGAAGCAUUAGUUCUUUCGGAUCCUCGCUUUGAGAUUCUGGGAGAAGUUCUUAUGGGACUAGUUUGUUUUCGGUUAAAGGGUUCCAACGAUCUCAAUGAGACUCUCCUAAAGAGGAUCAACGGUGCAGGAAACAUUCAUCUCGUCCCGUCUAAGAUAAAGGACACAUUUUUCCUACGAUUCUCCGUUUGUUCUCGAUUUAGCGAGAGUAAGGAUAUACAGUAUUCGUGGAAAGAGAUCAAGCUGAGGGCCAAUGAGGUCCUCGAAGAGCAAUCGGUUUCAAAGUGAUGGCGCGCUCAGAUAGUUCGUGGUUGCAAAUCGCUAGCACCUGCCACCUGCAACCAAUCCUAAUUACAGAUUUUUUUCUUUUACCCAGCAACUCUCACCCAGGACCAAAUAGGACUAAAGGAGAUACGUCAGAUAGAUACAUUUAUAGAUAGUUGAGCGGAAAGAAUUAACGAUUUUUGCAAUAAUUUUCGAAUGUAAUUAAACAAUACCUCAAAAGUGUGAAAAUUCAGUUGUCAAGUUAUUUUACGAGUAUUUUAUUUCGGCAAACAUUUAAUUCCUAGCUUAAUUAGCAAGAUUCAAAAUUAAUAUUUCGAAUAGUUUCUAAUUCUAAAAUUUCUGCUAGAAAAGACUAUGUACUUAUCAAAGAAUCUGUAAGAAUGCGACUGAAUAACAUAUCAAGAUCUGGAAUAUAUAUAAAUUUUGCUAUUUAAAAAUUUAACAUCAUGUUUGCAACAUAUCGAUAUUUCGAUCCAAUGAGUUCAUUAUUUUAUUGCAGUAUUAUGAUGGGACAGACAUAUCGAUCUUCAAACUCGCAAUAAAAAACAAUUCCCCACAUAUUUUACUUAUUUAUUUUUUAGACAUAAAUUUUUGAAAGUUAAAUGAUAUACA